AUGUUGGACAUUCGGAAGAUCCUCUCUGCGCCUGGCGCACGGCAAACUGUCACCAAGACUGCGCCAUCCCCUUUCCUUCCUCACGCCGACGUGGCUCGCACCGAAAAGGCCCUCGGUCCAGCUCGGGCAGGUAGAGCGAAGAACGACGCCGAUUCAACAUGUCUCGGGGGUUUUCUUGCGCUAGACCACAUAUCGGAAGACGUUCAGGCCGUGGUGGACGGGACAAAAACGCUGACUUUGGAUCGCUGGCUUGACCGGCUCGUUGCGUGGGCCGGAUCGUGGCAGAUGCUUCUAUUCACCUUCAUACUGGUGCUAUCUUGGGCAUUCCUGGGCAUUCCUUUUGGUAAUGCAACCGACUGGCAAGUCGCUAUAUCCGAUGUCCAAGCCUUGGCAUGCUAUGUGCUCGAUUCUUUGCUCAUGCGCCAGCAGCUGAAUGCCUAUGAUCACGAGAUCGGUGUCGCAGCUAUCUUACAGAGUCGCUCGGUCAGCAUACGUCGCAUGAUUGGAACGUUGCACGCGAGCAAGACGACUGCCGCUGCAAGAGAGUCAAAUGCCCAGCUCUUGGAGCCAGUCCACAAAGACACGUACAGACGCUCUCGCCUUGAUUCUACCAUCCAUGCUCUGUGCCAACUGUUCGGCAGCCUUCCUUCGCUACUCCUCUUCUGGGUGUGCAUUAUAGUCUGGCUCAGCUUUGGCCCGUACUGUUCCUGGAGCGCAGAGUGGCAGCUGUACAUCAAUUCUGCUACAUCGGCACUGAUGCUACUGGUCUUCAUGCUCUUGGCUUGCGUGCAGGAGCAGCAUCGCUGUGAGAUGAAAGUCUUAUCGACGCGGGUUUGUACUCUGGAUUCAAAGCUGGAGGUACAAUUGCGCAUUGCAACUCGAGACAAUGUGCCAAAUGAGGUCGCUGCCAUCUAUCCCUGCCCAGUCAGCCUUCUCGAGCGCGCCAUCUCAUACUACGCGGACCUGGUUGGUACGCUUUUCGGCGUCUCACUGCUGAUCCUUGUCUUUAUUGCCUGGGUGGCUAUUGGACCAGCAUUGCAGUUCAACUCGAAUUGGUGGCUCGUCAUUGGCACAUAUGCUGGCUUGAUAGGCUUGCACGACGGGUUCGUUCUGCACAAUGUCCGUCAUCAGCUCGACCGAAAUAGCCGACUUGCGCUCGCGAAAGUCAAUGCCGAUGAUACGGAACUACUGGCCGCUGCAGGGGUCCCUCACUGCGAACCCUUCGCUGUCCAACAUGGCGACGUGGAAGGCGGUCGACCGAGAGGACAGUCCCAACAGGCGUAUUCACGGAUCAACAUAAUGUUGUCUUCACACCUUGUCCGUCUGAUGUCGCAUCCAUUACUGGUCGUUGCAGGCAUUGUCUUCAUCGCUGGCUCAGUUGCUGCUGCGACAGCACUGCACUGGAGUCUGACGGGCCAGCUCUUGUGCAAUGUCCCGCCUAGCGUCGUUGAAACAUUCAUCAUGAUGGCAUUGAUUACGAGAGAGACCGCGGACGCCAAAGCUGAGAAGGAGUUGUACAACGAAUUUGCGGGAAGCAGAGAUCUGCUCUUGACUUGGGUGCUGACACAAAGAGACGGUUCCGACGUGGAUUCGAGGAGUGGUCCAAUUAUCUCGGCCUUGGAGUGA